ACUAACUUAAAAUAUAGCCCUACGCUCAUGGCUCAACCGUUUUCAAAUACACUCAUCAAACCUUUCCAGCUCAUUCACGAAUAUUCCAUUUGAUGAAUCACCGUACGACAAGCCAAUCACUGCCCCUGUAUGUUGGGGAAUCCCUAUAAAUUGACCGAUAUAACUUGCUGACGUCAUUACGCUAAUGAAAAUGGAGUUUCCGGAUUUAGGAAAAAAUUGCUCAGAAAAACACUGCAAAAAACUAGAUUUUUUGCCAAUGAAAUGUGAUGCCUGUAGAGAUAUAUUCUGCAAGGAUCACAUCCAGUAUGAAGUACAUGAAUGUAAAGAGUCAUAUAAAAAGGACAACUGGGUGCCACUGUGUCCAUUAUGUAGCAAACCUAUCCCAGUGAAGCCAGGUGAAACACCAGACAUACAGGUUGGGCGACACAUAGACUCUGACUGUCAGUCUGAUCCUGCCAAAGAGAGGAGAGGGAAGGUGUACACAAACAGGUGUAAUAACAAAGGAUGUAAGACAAAGGAGUUGGUUCCAGUGAUAUGUGACAAGUGCCAUCUUAAUUACUGCCUUAAACACAGACACGAGACAGAUCACAAUUGUCAAGGCUUUCAAGGCACAAACAAGGGAAUAUCAAAGGCAGGGGCAGCAGCUGCCAGAAGAAAUCAUGUGCCAUCAGGCUCAGGUAGUAAGCCCCAGAAAAGCAGUAAUAAACCACAACAAAACAAACCACAGCAGACAACACUCACAAACUAUGGAUUUGGCAGAGAUCUCAAUAGGGAGAGACAAGAGAGGAUGAGGGGCCAACAGGGGAAUGACAUUAACACACUCCAGGCUGGCAUGUCGGAAGAUGAGGCAAUGGCCCGUGCCUUACAGCUUUCUAUGCAGACCAGUGACAACACACAACCAACUACUAAACCUACAACACAACAAGAGGAGCAAGAAGCGGCAGAUCUUGCUCUGGCAAGAGCAAUUGCUGAAAGUGAGGCCCAGGCAUCAAAUAAUUCAGGAAAUAACACAAACAGGGAAAGCAAGGACAGGUCAUGUAUGGUAUCAUAA